AUGGGUAGGGUAGGGUUGCGUUUUUGUUGGGUAAAGAUAAACUUUUUUCUUGACUUUUUAUAGGUUUUGGUAGAGCUACAGUAAAUUUGAGUAGGCUGGCUAAUCAGGGCUGUAAUCGGGUUGAAAAGGGUAGGGUAAGGCUGGAUGUGAUAGGGUGGGGUAGGGUAAAUAAGGGUGGAAUAAGGGAAAGUAGGGUCGGGCGAAAGCAGGGACAGGGAAACUCACAAGUAGGGUACAUGUAGGCUGUUACAAAGCUAGGGUAGAUUAGGAUGUGGCAGGCCAGGACAAGGCAAGGAGAUAAGACCAGGCGAGGCAAAAUAGGUUAGGGUAAAGUAAGAUAUGCUUGUGUAGGGUGCAGUAGAAUAGGGUAGAUUAAAGUAGAAUAGGGUAGGGUGUGUUUUUUUAUGUUUUUUUAAUUUUAAAUUUAAAAAAUUACGUUCAGGAUGUCCUGGAGCUCCAAAACAAGAUCCGUCAGAUUCGAGUCCGUACCGUGGACGGUAGCAGUGUGAAAACCGUGAAUGUGGACGAAUCGAAGCCAGUCAAAGACCUAAUGGUUACAAUUUGUGGCAAAAUGGGACUAUCAAACCACGAAGAGUACUCAUUGGUACGCGAUUCACGGUUUGCACCAUUGAAACGGGAUCAAAGUUUGAAUUCGAUUAAUGGAGAACAACAAUAUAAUGGCAGUAACACGUUUAUGAACACGAUUGGCCGAAGAAGAGAGAAACAACAGCAACAGCUGCGGGCGAAGCUACACACUGACGAUGAUGUUUGUUGGCUGGAUUCUACCAGAACUCUACGGUAAUAUUUUUUAAAAAUUUUUAUGGCUUGUUAAGCUUGAUUGUUGUAAAAUACGCCACUAUUACACUCAUGAUGACAUUAUUUUUAAAACCUAUAAUAAUAUUUUUAGUGAACAAGGUAUUGGAGAAAGUGAAGAACUGAUCCUCAGACGCAAAUUCUUCGUCAGUGACACCAACUUGAACACAAAUGACCCAGCCCAACUUGGAAUGUUGUAUGCUCAAUGCCGUGACGGUGUAAUCGAUGGUACUCAUCCAGUAUCAAGAGAAAUCGCCAUCAAGUUGGCUGCACUUCAGUGUGCUAUCGAGUACGGAGAGUAUCAGGAGGGCGUGGAGAAGAAGUUGAAGUAAGUUUUGUUGUGGUAGCGGGCGGUAUUGUAGGGUUGGGUAAGGUACUGUAAUACAUAAUACGAUUCUGUGGGGUAGGGUAAGGUAAAGUAGGGUAGGGUACUGUAGGGCAAAGUACGAUACUGUAGUGGAGGGCUGUAGGGUAGGGUAAAGUAAGGUGGGGUAGCGUACUGUAAGGCAUAGUACGAUGCUGUAGAGUAUAGUAGCAUUCUUAAAAGUUGUUACGGUAGGGUAGGAUACUGCAGGGUAAGAUACUAAAUGGCAGGUUAGGGUACUUUGAUGUAGGGUACUGUAGGCUAGAAUACUGUAGUUGAGGUACGGAUACUGUACUGAAGUUUCAUAUUUUUUGUAUUGUGACAUGGCAAUCCUACUGUAUAAUGACACAGUACUAUUAGCAUAGUUUUGAACGAAAAGCUUACUGUAACAGUAAAUGUAAGAACAUAGUAGUACUGUCAUGGCAUGCUAACCCUACUAUAUGAUGUUAUAGUAAUACAAUCGUAGUUUUUGAGCAAAGAUCUUACUGUAAUAGUGAAUAUGAGAACAUCGUAGUACUGUAAUUUAAGUUUCGGUUAAAAAUGUAAAACAAUAUGUUAUAGUAUGCGCGACCUCUUGCCUAAAGAAUACGCCAAAGCGAAGGAGCACGAGAAAAACAUCGUGGAAGAAUGGAAAGAGCUGAACAUCUACAACGAGAAGGUACAGCUCCAGAAGAAGUACUGCGAAGUGUGUCAGAGUCUACCCACCUACGGAGUGACUUUCUUCUUGGUCAAGGAGAAGGUGCCGGGCAAGAACAAACUGAUCCCAAGACUUUUGGGUGUCAACAAGGACUCGGUACUGAGAGUGGACGAAAGAACCAAACAAGUACUCAAGGAGUGGCCGUUGGAACAAGUACGACGCUACGCUCCGGCUGCUAACCUCUUCACUUUGGACUUUGGAGACUACCAAGACGGCUACUACUGCGUAAAGACCCCAGAUGGCGAGAAGAUUGCCGCCCUUAUCAGUGGAUACAUCGACAUCAUCCUCAAGAAGAAGAAACUACAAGACCAUCUCGGAAUCGAAGGAGACGAAGGCUCCACCAUGCUUGAAGACCAAGUCGCUCCAGCACGUGCUACACUAAUUGGGCACGGUGAAAUCUCUCGUCCUCAACAAGUUCAAGGCCUACCUCAAGGUGCCCUCCGCUCUCGUAGCAGCACUCCAAGUGGUCUACCCAAUGGUGCUCAGUAUGGUGCUGUCUCCGGAUUCGUCACAACCCAAGAAAUGCCACGAAGCGAGAAGGUACGCUACGUCAACCCACGUGAACGUGCUCAACGUGCUUUGAUCGGAACGAUCGAAGCCACAAUGAGGGCUGUUCAAGAAGCCGAAGAAGAGAUCAGACGUCCACCUCAGAUCGAUCUGUUGCGAUUCGAACCCUCACGACGUGAGUGGCGAGUUGAGGUCGAGAAGGAGGCUGUCAGUGACCGAUUGGCCGCUAUGGGCGCAGCCACCGCCGAAGUCGUUCAACUCACUGCCAUUCCUGAUGAUACUGACAGUCGUGUUGGUACAGCCAUUGCCACUAUUGGUAGCAACCUGCCCGAAAUGGGCCGUGGAGUCAGAGAGCUGGCCCAUAUGAUGCCCGAAGAGGAACGACGUGGUGAUCUGAUCGAAGCCUCGAGACGUCUGAUGAACGCCUUCGGCAGCUUCAUUGACAAGGUGCGCCCAGACCAGCAGGAGAAGCGGGCCAACAUCCUCUCGGCCGCUUCAGCCGUCGGCGAAACCUCUCACGACGUGAUCAAGACGAUGCGCACGGAGACCCGCGAAGACCGUGAGUACCACGAUCAGCUGAUCCAACGUGCCAGGAACGUUGCCACCAACACAGCGUCACUUGUCAUGCAUGCUAAGACUAUCUCCAGCGAUUGUGCCGACGAAGGUCUGAAGAACGAAGUCAUCUCAAGUGCUACUCAAACAGCCUUCGCUACUUCUGAACUUGUAGCUUGCACCAGAGUCGUCGCUCCAACCGUGGAACAUCCAGAAUCUCAAGAACGACUCACCGAUGCGGCACAAAACGUUGCUCGCACGGUAGAGAAACUUGUAGUGGACUCGAAGGAAGCUACUCGCUACUCAACCUCAGGCAAUGGAGAACACCAGAUUGGUGACCUGAACGCUGCGGCACGUCAAGUGACCAGAGCCUUGGACGAUCUGAUCGACCACAUCCAAGCCUGCCCCAGAAGCCAGCUAAACCGUCGUCACGAAGAGAACUACAACUACGAGGAGGUGCUUCGUAGCAGCAACCGUGUCAUCACUGGAGCUCAGCCGGAACGCGACGCCAACCAAGCCAUCCGCCACUCCAGAAUCCUGGUGGAACAGUUCGAGAACGGCGCCGAAGCUGAUCCCAACCAACGUGACAAGCUUUUGAAUGCCGCGAGGAAUGUGGCUCAGGCCACCUCGAACAUGAUCACGGCUACACAGGAAGCUCAAAGUCGACCACAAGAAGCCGAAGCCCAGAUUGCUCUGAAGUCAGCGGCCGAGAAUCUGGUUCAGGUAAGCCGGCGUGCUCUUUAUGACAUUUGUUAUGAUGGUCAACAUUGUGAUGGUCAUUUUGGUGAUGUAGAUAGUGUUGAUCAUUACCUUUUUGAUGAUAUAGAGAUAGUUAACCAUCAAAAAUAUGAUGAUCAACAUAAAGUUAACCAUCAUAAAUGUAGUGAUGAUCAACAUUAUUCAAGUCAUAAAAAGUUUGUUAAUGGUCGUGAUGUUAACUAUUGUUGUUUUCCUCAUACCCAAGAUAACAUUUUACAAUUUGAGACUAAUAGUAACAUAAAAAAUGGCAAUAUGAGCCUAAAAAAUGAGUUUUUUGGUCAAAAAAUGUCAAAUUUUACCGAAAAAUUCGAGAAUUUUCUCAAAACUCAUCAACUUUCUCUUUCGAAAACUCUAUUUUAUACCCAAAAACCUAGCUUUUCAAAAAGAAAAAGAUGUCAUAAUGAUUCUCAAAAUUAUGAUUUCAAUAAAAAUUUUGGUCAUUUCGAUUUAUACGAAUUUGGACGGCUUAAAAAUGUCAAACAUUGCGACCAAAAGACUCUUGGAGAAAUCCAAGAAGAAGGUCGUGAUGUAUGGCACGUUCAGUUCGAUGAAUCUGACAAAAAUUUAAGUCAGAAUGACUGUCAUGGUGACGUUUUUAAGAAUGGUCAGUUUGAAAGGCUCCAUGACAUUUUUAAAAACUGUCACGAUGACGGUCAAAAUGACACCUUUUUUGUAAGUCAUGAUGACAGUCAUAAUGACACCUUUUUCGAAAGUCAUGAUGACAGUCAAAAUGACAAAGUAAAUAUUGCUCAAGUUUAUAACCAAGAAUACCGUAAUCAUAUCAAAGAAAAAUGUACUCAACAGAGUACGCGGAGUACUGUAGACUUUUACAAUCAUACUGUAAAACCAGUACUAAAACGACACGAUUACGGUAAUCGCGGUUAUCAGCUGAACAGCUUUGAAAAAGACAUUAGUAUUGUAAGUAGGUGUAAUAGCCAAAAGUGGGACGACGGUAAUUACAGAUUACUGGUCGAAACCGCUGUGUAAAGAAAGUUUCUUCGUUUUUUGAUUUGGAAAGGAAUUUUUUGCUAUUUUUUGAAAAUUUUAGUACCAAAAGACUGAAAAACAGCGAUACCAUUUUUGAACAUUACCUUAUUUACAGUGUAAUACGAUACUUACUGGUGUAUGUUGCGAUACCUUACCUUACUACCCUGUGAUAAAAGAUAUAACUCCGGUUUAACAUGUAAAAACGGUUAAUUUACAAAUAAGUAUUGCUGUAGUGACCUAAUCGUAACGUAUUUUCUUCUUUUCUUUUUGGUACUUUUGGUACUGUUUUUGGUACUACUGUUACUGUAUUGGUACUAAAGGUACUUUUAUGUUUUGGGUACUUUUUAAAAUAGUGUAAAACGCUAUUUUUGUUAUCUUAACACAAUUUUUUACAAAUGAUACUAAUGGUACUACUGGUACUAAAGGUGUUGUUUUUGGUUACUUUAAAACAGUAUAAAAACGUAUUUUUUAUCAUCUUGACACAUUUUUUUAAAAUGGUACCAAUGGUACUACUGGUACACAUUACAAAAAAAUUUUAUUUGUACCAAAAGUACCAAAAUCAAUUUCCCAGCUAAUAUUAACACGUUUCACACAUUUCUUUUCCCAUUCUAACAGUUUCGUUUUGUGUUCGAUUUUCCUGGCUUGACCGUUUGAACAAAUUUGCAUAUUUUAUGCUUUCAGCAACCACGUCAUUAUUACGCCAAGUCCUAAGGACACCCAAAUCUACUAUCCUAUCAUAUUCUAUCCUGUCUAUAUGCAUAAUCCAAUGUUUACUGCGGUUUUUGGUUGGUUUUUAGGGGAUGAACUUUGAAAAUUUUUGAAAAAUUUGGAUUUUGAAGGGGUUUUUUGGUCUGAAGCUUGUGGAAAAAAGUGUCAUAACUUUUGAACUAAAAAUGGCAGAAUAAUGAUAUUUGGCAUAAAAAUGUAUAUUAAAAUGGCAAUUAUUAGCAGGGCAAGAUUUUACAAAAAUUUCAUUUUGAAAUUUUUAAAUUUAUGAAAAAAUGGCGUUUUUAUCGAUUUUUUGACCUAAAAUCAAAGAAAAAUGUGUCAUAACUUUCUGAUGGGAUUCAAUUUAGAUUUGAAUGUGACACUGUAGAUAAUUUAGUCUAUUGUGAAUAUUUUAAGUCUAAUAUUAGUUACAAAUUUGGCUAGAAAGUUUACGAAAUAUCGAAAAAUAAAAAUUUUUUCUCAUUUUUCCUCUCUGAAAGUUAUGAAAAAGCUGUCAUAACAUAAAAUCUAGCCAUGAUAAGACCAAAACCUUUUAUCAUAUGACUUUCCAGUCCAUUUCGAAUAUUUUAAGUCUAAAACCAAAAAAAUUGGUCGAAAAAAGCGCGAGUUAUAGCUAAUAAUUCGACGGGUUUCGGGGGAUUAUUAACGCUCUUCCGGUUUCGCGCAAUUUUUGAUCCGAAAAACCUUUGAAAUUUUGAAAUUUUUUCGAAUUCUCGAAAAAGUUACAAUAGCCGAUGGCUUACACGCAUUUUCGUUGGAGAUACGAAAAGAUUGAGCUUUACGGCAAAGUAGGUGAUUUGGGUGGUUUUUGGGUGAAAUGGUACUGAAGGUACUGUAUAGUAGUUCGGGCUACGGUACUAUGUUUUGUAAAGAAAUUUCUUGGGGUUUUUUUGGCCUGUAAAGAAAGUUCUUGCCAUUUUUUGCCUUGUAAAGUAAGUUAUUGCCAUUUCUGAUCCUGUAAAGAAAGUUCUUGCUAUUUUGAAAAAAAAACGUUUAAAAAUCCUUCAAAAAUCUUAAAAUCGACCAAAAGUCACAGUAACCAUCCUAUCUACCACUAUACAUUUCGGCUUUACUAUAGUAAAUCUGUCUAUGCACGCUUACUCUCUUCUUACUGUAGCACUAGUAGUUUACUAUCUAUAUCUUUAUCAGUCGCACUAUUCUGACGCUAUAUUUAAGACGAUUUACUACAGUAAACCCCGAGCCUUUGAGACAUAUGAUUUUUGAUUACUGUAGUUAUUUUUGUUUAAGAUUACUGUAGUUUUUAAGACUUUAUACCACGUUACUGUAGUUUUUAACAUUUUAUCACAUAUUACUGUAGUUUUUAAGUCUUUAUAUUAUAUUACUGUAGUUUUUAAGAUUUUAUCAUAUAUUACUGUAGUUUUUAAAUUUUCCUACGAGAUUACUGUAUUUUUUAAGAUUUUAUGACAUUACUGUAGCUUUCAAGAUUUUAUCAUAUAUUACUGUAGUUUUUAAGCCUUUAUACAAUAUUACUGUAGUUUUUAAGAUUUUAUCACAUAUUACUGUAGUUUUUAAGCCUUUAUACAAUAUUACUGUAGUUUUUAAGAUUUUAUCACAUAUUACUGUAGUUUUUAAGACGUUAUACCAUAUUACUGUAGUUUUUAAGCUUUUAUCACAUAUUACUGUAGUUUUCAAGCCUUUAUACCAUAUUACUGUACUUUUUAAGACUUUAUAUAAUAUUACGGUAGUUUUCAGAUUUUUGUAUGAGAUUACUGUAUUUUUUUAAGACUUCAGGUCGUAUUACUGUAGUUUCUAAGACUCUGUACCAUAUUACUGUAGUCUUUAAUUUUUUUAUGAGAUUACUGUAUUUUUUAAGACUUUAUGUCAUCUUGCUGUAGUUUUUAAUUUUUUUAUGAGGUUACUGUCGCUUUUAAGCCUUUCUACCAUAUUACUGUAGUUUUUAAUAAUUACUUUUUGUAUUGAGAUUACUGUAACAAAUUUGCACGAUAUCACAUUUUUUAUCAAUUUUUGCGUAAAAUUACUGUAGCUUUUAAAAUUUUUCUUCUGAGAUUACUGUAGCAUUUUAAGUUUUAUAAUACAAUCUAGCCAUUUCUAAUCAAUUUUUUUUACUAAUUCUGGUCUUUUUUCUCUUUGUUCUUGUUCUAUUUCAAUCUUUUUUGGUUUUAUUUCUACUUAUUCUAGUCUUGUUUCUAUCAUUUUUAGUUAUAUAUAUACUUAUUUUAGCCUUGUUUCUACAUAUUCUGGUUCCAUUUCUAUCUUUUUUACUUCUAUUUCUACUUGUCCUAGUUUAAUUUGACUUAUUCUAGCUUUAUUUCUAUCUUCUUUAGUUCUAUUUCUACUUAUUCUAGUCCAUCUCUACCAUUUUCUAGUCCCAAAUUGUACCAUUCAGUAUUGUAAAAGUUGAAUAAAAUUUUUUACCGUUCAUUUUGUAAUUUUUUUUGAAUUUUUCCAUGGAAAAUCCCUUAACCAAAGAGUGCUGAGUUGUUUUUGGCUUCGGUUGUUUUUGCGCAACAGUCCGGUUUACCCACUUUACGAUUUCACAAAAGUUUUUCUAUAGCUCACCAUAGCUUGAAAUCUUUGACUUUAGUUAGCUAUAGUAUAAUGAGUAAUACUGUAGAGUUUAGUUACAUUUAGUUGAGUUUGACAGGUUUUAUGAGACUUUUUUGAUAUUGUAGUAGGCAACCAUUGGCGUCGGCCAAGUUUGACUUAAGUUUUUUCAAAAACUAAGAAAGCUAGGGCGAUAAGCUAACAUAAAUAGAUAGACAAGACUUUUUCAGAGAUUUUAAGACCAAUUUCAUCAUUUUACAACAUAGGUACAAUAAGUUAUGGCACUUUUUCCAAGUAACACCAAAAAUAUAAAAUUAAGCCAAAAUUUUUAAAAAAUCAAAGAUAGGUUAGUUUUAAGAACAUAUAAGUAUAUAUCAAAUAAAAUAUAAACUUAAGAGCUUUUCCUUUCCAUCUGUAGCCUCUCAGACAACGCACUUUUUCCAUUUUCCAGUUAAAAUUCAAAAAAAAUUACAAAAUUUCGGACGAAAAUUUUUGUUUACACUACAUUUUCUACCAUCAUUCGCUAUCUUCUUCCCACUUUCCUUAGGACAUUGGUUAUAUUUUAAUUUUUUGCAAUAGUAAAUUACCGUUUUUACAUGAAAAAUCGAUUUUAAAACAGGAAAUUUUAAGAAAUUUGAGAAAAAAGCCGAAAUUUUGGUGGUGUUAGCCAGAAAAUCGAGUAAUAUAAAAAAAGUGGUUGAUAAGAAUUUUUUAUUUUUAAUUAUAAUUGAUGAAAAAAGAAAUGUUUAGCUAAUUCAAAAAGAUUUUUAAAAAAUAUUUUUUGGAAAGAAAGUUAUUGCGUUUUGUUUCUGGAAAAUAUCUGCUUUUUGGAGAUUUUUUGAGAAAAAUCGGCCAUUUUGGCCAAAAUCGUUUGAUUUUAAGUCCAAAAUGAUAUGAUACAGUAUCAAAACAGUAGCAAAGAUUCUGCAGAGUAAAACUAAAGUGUCAUUAGCUUGAUUUUUUAUUUAAAAAGUUGUAAAAAAUUUAAGAAAAAGUGCGAAAUUUGAGAGAAAAAUAGGCUAAUCUCACCAAAAAAGGCUAAUUUGCCUAAAAAUCAAUAGCAGCUUUAUAACGUAGAUAACAGAAUAGCUAGAAAACCCAAGUACAGUAAGAAAAAAUACCCACACUCCCGAUCCAACCUCUAAACCGGACUGUUUUGCAGGCAACGAAUGCCGCCGCCAACGAGCGCAUCGCCGAAGACUCGUUUCUGGGCCUAGAAAGAGCGGCCAAAAACGCGUCGGCCGCCGUCACACAAACCGUGUCGGCCGUGAAUUCGGCUCAGCCCCACAUUCAAAAUCAUAAAACCGUGGAGGAGUUGAUAAUCGAGUCGCAGACCACCAGCGACCAUGUUCGACCGGUCAUUUCGGCGAUUAAAGGUAGGUUUUGGGGCGGGUUUUGAGGUGAAAAAAUUUUUUUUGGAAAAAAAAUUGAAUAAUGUACAAAAAAAUGAUUUUUAAAAAAAUUUUUUAAUUUUUUAAAAUUUCAAAAAAAAUUUUUUUUUAAAUUUAAUUAUUGAUCUUAUCAAAAUUAUCAAAAAAAAAUAAAAUUUUGCAAACAAACCUCCCCAUAUCUUCAUUACCACUAACCUAUACCUACUAUAACAUCCCUAAUACCCCUCAAAAUACAGAAAGCCGAGCGGCCCAAACAGAAUCCGACCGUUUCCGAGCCCAAUCCAGCCUAAUUUACGAAACCGAAGAAUUCUUGCCCCCAGCCUCGCGUCUAGUCGACUUGGCUCGCCGUGCCGUGCCAGACGUCCGUGAGCCCCACAUUGCCUCCAACCUUCAAACUACCUCACAGAAACUGUCCACCGAACUCGCCACCCUCAUGACAACCUUGAACAAGGCUCGUCAGCUCAACUAUGAUCAACAACUUGAUCAUACUGAAGAGUUGAUAAGAGAAUUGGAUCAGGCGCUUCAACGUACUAACCAGGACAUUAGACAAGGUCAUAUUCGACCGGUCGGGGCUGCUCCUGAUGCUUCGCAGAGAUUGAAUGAUGCGGCUAGACAGGUCAGUUCGAGUUUGACUCAGCUGGUUUCGGCCGCGCAGAGCUCGGAUAAGCAACAUGUUGGAGCGUCGGCGAUGGAUGUGGCCAACUCUUUGAGGAGGUUUACCUACAGUGCUCAGGAGAUUGCUCCUAGCUGUGGAAAACAGGUUGAUACGUAAGUGAUCGGGUUUGAAAUGGGUUGAAAUGACAUUUUUUAAUUGAAAAAAGGCUAAAAAUUUUUAAGCCUAAAACUUUUUGAUUUUUUCAACUUUACCAACCCUAAAACAACCAUAUUUCAGCUUCAUUGGCAACGCCCGCAACGUAGUCCACGACUCCGGCAACAUUUUCGUCCAAGUCCGAAACCAAGCUCCUCCCAAUCGCCUGAAGGAAAGCCUAAACACAGUCCAAGCCUCAAUCCGCCAAACCCUCAGCGCCCUACCAGAACAUGCCUCGAUAGAAGAAGCGGUCAAGAAGAUCAGUCAAGCUGAAAACGUCAAUAUAUCAACCUCACUUGACCUUCGACAAGCUGCUGGCAAACUAAUUGAAGCCGCCUCCGAACUGAUCGCUGGCCUAAGAGCUGGAGAACAACGUGGUCGAGUGGACAACUUUGUUGAUGCCUACAUCACCUUCUUCAGUGUUACUCAAGAGAAGGUGCGAAGCAGUGAAACGGUGAUAAGAGGAGAUAUCAAUGAGAAUCUGGAGGUGUCAAGAACGGCCGCUAUCAAUGUGCUGGAACGGUUCUCUGGGGCUCAAAUCGAUCCACAAAGCUUGGCUCACACUCAACAGCUAAGCCAAUCAGCUAGACAGCUAAGUGAAAGUGUCACUGCCAUUGUCAACAUCACCUCUCAGGAAGCUCCGUGGGUCAAAGAGUGUGAUAACGCAUUGAGGAAGAUCGAGGCCGUUCGGCCACUUUUGAAUGAAGCCACCGUGCCACAGAAUCACAACAGCUACUACGAAUCACUAGAUGCGGUUACAGAAGAAGCUAAACGACUAGGCAGUGGACUAUCAGGAAUGGCACACCACGCACGACACGGCAAUGGAGAUGAAUUGUACACGGCCGUUCAUCAAGCUGGUGAAGCGGUUUGUGGACUAGCUGAAAAUGCAGUCCAAUCAGCUUAUCUGAUCGGUGCUGGCCAUCCUCAAAGUGUUGGAGGUAGACCAGCCCUGUUCGAUACGGACCGUCUUAGCCGAAACUUGUUUGCCAUUCAGGCUAUCACCGAGAAAAUAGCCAACGGCCAAGUCGAUACUCCAGACUUGGUGGCUGAGAUGCAAUCCAUCGCUUCCCAUGCCUCAAAUGUAGCCCAGAUCUGUCGUGAUGCUACGGAAAGAACCAACAGCUCCACCACAAAGAAGCAGUUCACGAACUGUGCCAGAGACAUCACUGAUAUCACGUCCAAACUGAUAGCUGGUGUUAAGAAGCUCCAAGCCAAGCCACAAUCGAUCGAUCAUCAACAAGAGGUCAACGAGAGAUCACUGGAGUUGAAUGAAGCCGCUCACACGCUAGCCCAGUUCGUGGAUCGGCCUGAAUUCACUCCAGGAGCGGCCAAGAUUAGCGACGAUGGCCGUCAGCUUCAGGAGCCGCUUCUGAAGUCAGGCCGACUAAUGCUGGACGCUUCGGCCAAAAUGUUUGGAACGGCCAAGAAACUGGCCGUGAACGCUACUGAUGCCAACACUUGGCAAGAGAUUGCCGAUAACAGUCGAGUGGUUUCUGAAUCCAUCAAGAAUCUGGUGACCACGAUCCGAGACCAAGCUCCAGGCCAGUCUGACCUUGAUGAAGCGAUCGAAAGGCUAAGUGCAUUGAUCCGCCAAAUCGAUCGAGCGGCCUUAGACGCGGCCCAAGAACAGCUACCUCGGUCGAACAUCUCCGAACAACGUGUUCAUCAACAGAUCGUCUUCUGUACCCAAACCCUCCAAGAACACAUUGAUAGCCUAAAGGCAGCGGCCAAGAAUCACGCUGAAUCUCUGGGCCAUGAAGUCCGUGAGCACGUCAAAGGCACAGAGACCCUAGUCCAAAGCGCAGUCCAAGCGGCUUCAUUGAGCUACGAUUCAGAAGCCCAGACUAAGUUCUUCGAACAAUGUAAGACUGUGGUCGAGGCCGAACUGAAGCUGAUGAUCGCGGCCAAAGAUGCCGGAGGCAAUCCAAAAGCCGCUCAACUUCAUUCUGUCGUCGAUGAAUGGGCUAGUCAACUUCAACGUGCUCUAGCUGAUUUGGAAAGAAGUGUUAAUCUACUUGACAGCCAAGCCGGUGUCAUCCAUGGUAUUGUAGAGACAAUAACCAGAAGCAUUGCCAUCACUGACCAGUCGAAACCUGUAGAUCCUAAUGACAGCUUCCCCAAUGUCCAAGGCCGAAUGGUAGAAGGUCUGGAGCGGAUCAGGAAGAUCGCCGAAGACAUGCCAGUCAGAGAUGUUGAUGACCUUGGCAAAGACUCUCUCACCUUGGCCGAACUCUACAGAACCUUGGCCGAAGAUGGUCGUAUUGCCACUUCAUUGUUGACCAACCCAGACCUAUCAUACAAACUCAAAGUAGCAGUCCAAAGACUUGGCACAACUUCAAUCGAGCUAGUCCGAGUGGCUGGUCAACGUCGAUCACAUCCCUAUGAUGAGAGAAUCCGCCACGAUCUUCAAAAGGCUUCAGAAGUUGUGGUGGAGCGAUGUGAAGAAGUCUUGGCCGCAUUGUACGAAGGUUCUCGAGGAACUCAAGCCUGCAUCAAUGCGGCCAAUACGGUCUCGGGCAUCAUCGGCGACCUGGAUACUACAAUAUUAUUCGCAACUUCUGGAUCUCUGAAUCCAACCACGCCACAACAUCAACCACAAAGUGCCAAAGAACAUCGUGAUAACAUUGUGCGAACAGCCAAGGCUUUGAUCGAAGAUACGAAGGCAUUGGUCACCGGAGCAGCCAGUAACCAAGAACAGCUAGCUGUCGCGGCCCAAAACUCAGUCCGGACUAUCAUGCAAUUGACUGAAGCUGUUCGACGAGGAGCUUCCGUCUUGUCCAAGGAUUCUCAAGAGUCCAGGGUGCUGGUCUUCCAUGCUUGUCGUGAUGUAGCCGCUUCGUUGUCCAAUCUUAUCAAUGCCACAAACAGAGCUUCUGGCAGAAAUCCUCAAGACCCAGCCAUGGGCAACUUGAAAGAUGCUGCUAAGACCAUGGUUAUUAACGUCUCGAACUUGCUAAAGACUGUGAAGUCAUUUGAAGAACAGAAUCGAGGUGGAGCUUAUGCUUUGGAAGCUGCAAUGGAUGCUAUUGACUUCGCUGUUAGGGUAAGAUAAUAUCGGAAGAGAAAAAUUAAAAAUAUUGUAGGAAAAGUUUUAAAAAGUGAUAAAGUAGGUAAAAAAUAAUAUGAAAAGUGAAAAAGAAAUAUUUUCGAGAAUUUUACGAAAAAAAAAUUGUUUUUCACUAUGCACUUGGCAAUAAGAAUGGUCCCGCAACGAAAAAUUCAACUGCUAAGCAGCUUUUGGACAUUAUUUGGCAUUGUGUAUCUUACACUGAAAUUGAGUUUAUUUGACGAAAAGUGUAAACAAUAACAUUGUUUUAAAUUUUUAAAAAAUUUUAAAAGGUGAAAUACGGGUCCUUUAAGUAGUUAUUACUAAAUUUUUAUCUUUUCAGCAAUACGACCUAAAUGAAUCGCCAAAACGCGCCGAUCCAGCCACGGCCGAAGAUGUUAUCCGCGCCACACGUGAAGUAACGGAAGCCUCAACUCGUGCCACAACAAUGGCUUCAGCUUUGGACACGGAACGAGUGAUUGCGGCUUCAAACUUUGCCAGAAAAGCUGUCGCCGACUUGUUAUCUACAACAUUGUCGGCUUCACAUAACACAGACACUCCCGAAUUGGCAGUGAAAACAAAGAAUGCGGGUCGUGAAGUUGCUAUUCAGGUGAAACAGUUGCUUCAACACUUGUUAGCCUACGUUGCUCAGCCUGCGAAUCAUCAGUCAAAGGAAUUGAUCUUGCUGGCCUCGCAAGAGGUCUCUAACGUGAGUUUUUUUGGUUUUUGGCUUGAUUUUAGGUAAUAUUUUUUGAGGAGAUGUUAAGAAAGGUGUUAGGCUAACUUUUUAUGAGGUAGACCGUUUCUUUCUUUUUGUUUUGAAGUUGAAAAGGUCUAUCAUAACAUUUGAAAAGUUAAAAAUUAUUUUUUUGAAAUUUCAUUUUUUUUCAAAAAAUUGAAUUAAUACGUUUCGUUGGGCAUAAAAAGUAGUAGCUCAUCUCAAGUUUUGGUCUAAUUACCUACUUUGCUGUUAAAGUUAUGCUUAAAAGAAAUUCGAAGAAGCGUUGGUUUUCCAAGAGGAUUCGAACUUUUUAUGAUUUUCGACUUUUUUAAAUGAAUGUAACUUAGUCGUAUCUUUAAGUAUUGGCCUGAAAUUUUUAGAAUAGAGACUUCGUUUUAUGCUUUAUCUAACGUUGGUUUUCGAUUUUUGAAAAAAGUUAGGUAGAGGUCAAAAAAUAAUGUUCAAACUGGACCGAGUCUUUCGAAAAGCGAGCUUCCGGGAAUUUUAUUGAUUUUUGAUGUUCUUGUGUAUAAUAUAUCAUCGAUAUAGUUAAAAAGACUUUGUAAAUCGCUUUUUUGCAUAUUUCUACUUUUUUCUUGUCAAUAUUCUUCAAACUUUUUUCCAAUGCGAAACGUCAAUGGCCAUAUCGUUUUGAAACAUCUCGCUUCGUUUUUUCGGCCGAUUCCCGAAAGCCCAGAGGGCAUAAACAUUCGGGAGGGUCGUUGUGUCAAAAGAGGAGAACAAAAUUGUCCAUCUGGCCGCACAUUUCUCCUUCACGGUCUCGAUUUUCGUUUUUUUUCCUUCACAUUUCGAAAAUUUUGAGGUUUAGGCUUAAAUUUUUGAGAUUUUAAAACUUUUAAGUGUUUUUAAGCCUAAAACUCGAUGUUUUUUGAAAGUUUACACAAUUUCUUGAUAUGCCAGAUUAAAUGACAUCAUAACUUUUUAUUUUUUACCAGUAUUAAUACCUGUUUUUCAGUCAGUUGGUAUCUUGGCCAAUUGUUGCGAAGCGUUACGUUCAAAUUGGUCGACAGAGCCUCGCCAACCUCAGAAUGCAAUCGAAGCGGCCGAAAAUGAAUUAUUGGGAGCAGCGUCGUCUAUCGAAGCCGCUGCUGAACGUCUACAAAACUUGAAGCCUAGACAUCAAGUUCAGGUAUGUUAA